UGGGGUCCAUCCAUCCAGCCAUCCAUUUUCUUCCGCUUAUCCGGGGCAGGGUCGCGGGGGCAGCAGUCUAAGCAGGGACUCCCAGACUUCCCUCACCCCAGACAUGUCCUCCAGCUCCUCCAGGGGGACCCCAAGGCAUUCCCCAGCCAGCCAGGAAGGGGAGAUACAGAGGGGUUCAUUGCCAUGGAGACGACCCCCGCACUCCAAAACAAGCUUCAUUCAUUGAUAAAGGGACAUUCUAUUGGCAUGUUUCAGACUGUCUGUAGAUCGGAGAGAAGCAAAACAUGCAUCGCUCAUACCAGCCCCUGAAACCUGUCACCAACCGGUACCUGCAACAGAAAUGGGACCAGGAGAAUUUUGAUAACCAUCGCAAGAAGGUGACGUCGGCUCUGCCUGUGGUGGACACGAAAGGCUCCAAAACUCCAGGCCACGUACAGCUCAAGCUCAAGAAACUGCAGCUUCAGGACGAGCGUCUGUCCAUCAUCGACAGAGACAACCGUCUGCUGGCCUCCAGACUGACCUCCAUCAUCUGCUCCAGGGGCCUGGUGGACCACUGCAACCACUACCACAUCAAGAGCCUGAAUGCAGAGCGCCGCAGACAGGAGCUGCAGAUCGUGGGGAGACAGAAUCUGGACAUCUAUGGUCGUCUGUCGUCCCGUCAGUCGGAGUACAGAAGACAAGUGUGGCUUCAGGACUGGGAGAGGACGACCAGACUCAGAGACGACAUCUCCAGAUACCCACCACUGUCCCGGGACAAGCAGAGGAGCCAGAGGAAGGUGAAGUUUGCUGCAGAGAGUGGAGGCCAAUCUGAGAGCAGCAUCAGCACAGACAGAGACACAUGAGACCAACUACAGUUUCAUCACAUCACGGUUACUUUAGGUUCAUGGUUUUCUUUAGU